UUGACAGUCAGCCUGCUUUCCGUCAGCGUACUAUUUUCCUAAAAAUAAGGGAAAUAAAAGAUAAAUUCGUUAUUAAUUUACAGUUAAUCUGUUUAGUAUUAUCUGAAGUAACGUUUAAAGCAUGUGUGAUUCAUGAAUGAAGUGUUUACUGGUGAGAAAACGUGAAUGCGUGGACGACACAAAUAAUGGAAAAUGUCGUCGCUUUUCGGAUUGUACAACAGAACAAAACGAAAGUGACUAGUUGACCGUGCGUAUAUCGGGGAACUUUACCUGUGACACAGUGAAUUUCGUUGUUAAAAAUGGCGCAGACCGUGCGGAGGGCCAUUGAGGGGAGAUACCCCUCGUGCUAUAUUCCUAGUAGGAUAAAGGAAAGAAGGGCGAAAGCCAGGGCUCUGAGGCUAGAACAACAGCGCAAGCCCGACAAGCUGGAAGACUUCACAUGCUACUCGGAGAGUGACAGUGAGGAGGAGACACCAUCACAGCAGCACCGUAUACUGUCCACCUCAUACAACUUUGUUGACUAUGUCCGCUCUAGAGAAAUACUUGCGCCUGAGCCCCGUACAGUGGACCCGUCGUACGCGACGCGGCACAUGCUGACACACGACAUGUUCCGCGAGACCCCCGUGGCGCUCGGGAACAUGAACAAAGUGUUCUGCUCGCAGUGGCUCUCCGACAGACAGGUCGUGUUCGGCACCAAAUGUAACAAGCUGAUGGUGUACGACGUGCGCACGCGGUCGCUGGACGCCAUCCCCACGCUGCGGCCGCGCGCGCCCUGGGCCGGCGCCGACCACCAGACCGGCAUACACGCUCUGCAGAUCAACCCUUCCAGGACGUUAUUGGCGACGGGCGCGAGAAAUUCGUGCGAGCUGGCGAUAUAUAGUUUACCUACCUUGGACCCUGUCUGUGUGGGCGAGGCGCAUAAAGACUGGAUCUUGGACAUGUGCUGGCUGGACGACGAGUUCCUGGUGACGGGGUCCCGCGACAGCAAGCUGGCGCUGUGGCGGGCGCCGGGCGCCGGCCCGCCGCGCGCGGCCGCCGCGCAGCCGCACGUGGCGCACCAGUACGUGGCGCCGCUGGCGCUCAAGGAGUGCCGCUCCGGUCAGAAAGUCCGCGCGCUAACGUUCAACCAGCGCUGGCGCGAGAUCGCAGCAUUGACACUCAACGGGUACAUCCACGUGUUCAGCGCAGAGACCUUCCGACAGACAUUGUCGAGGAAACUACCCUCGUGUCAGGACCUCGUCUGUUUAGCCACCCAGCAAGAAAGCGGCGUAUACGCGAUCGGGUGCAAGUCGUACACGCUACUGCUGGACUGCCGCACGCUGCAAUCCAUCAAGAAGAUCACGUCGCGCUACAACGGCUGCGGCAUCCGCUCCGCCAGCUUCCGCGGGGACAUGCUCACCAUCGGCACCGGACUAGGUUUGCUGAUGUUCUACGACAUGCGAGCCGGCAAAUACUUGGAGAGCAACAUCCACUCGUCCAAAACGGUCACGCUACGGGCUUCCAGAGGUUAUGUUUUCCCGGACGAGGAGGCGGACGGGUUCAACCAGGUGAAGUACGUGCCGGCCAUCUACACGCACUGCUACGACGACAGCGGCACGCGCGUGUUCACGGCCGGCGGCCCGCUGCCCGCGCCGCUCAUCGGGAACUACGCGGGGCUGUGGCAGUGACGGCUGCGGGCUGCAAGCCUCUUGCACGCUCGAGGUUACGUUACACACUGCGACCAGCUGACGUCGCAAUAGACAGCUACUGUGCCUGUGUACUCGGGUGACAGUAGCUCGACUCGCCUCGCACGGUCACACUGUGCAAACUGCUGGGGCUUGUUCUAUAAAACUUACAAUUGUAAAUUACAAUGACAAUUUGGUGUUCAUCAUCAUCAGCCGUACGACGCCCACUGCUGGGCAUAGGCCUCCCCCAAGGAUCUCCACGACGAUCGGUCCUGCGCUGCCCGCAUCCAGCGGCUUCCCGCAACCUUCACCAGAAGGUCGGGCGGAAGGAAGGAAGGGCGGGGUUUUCGUAGCUAAUAUGAAACUGCAAAAUAUUCGUGAUCACACACUCCGCAAUGUACAUCAAAUUGUUAUUGUAAUUUACAAUUGUAAGUUUUAUUAAACAGGCCCCUAGUGUCGCAGAAGACAGCUACUACACCAGUGUACUGGUAUAAUUCGUUUGUAUCAUGUCGCCCAAACAAGAGACACUAACCGGCGUGGGCCCGAGCGUACGAGCUACUGUCAUUUCGCAAAAUCGUGCGAGUUGACGACCGAGCGGCGUGCGAGUGGUGUGGUGGGGGAAGGCAAGUAGCGAGUAAAAACAAAAAAUGUUGAAGUAACUCGAACGCGAGCAACUGUCCCACUCGCACAUGACAGUAACUCGUAUGAUGCGGUCUCACGUGCGUAGUAGCUGCACCUCAAUAACUGACUCCGUCAGCUUGCAUGUUAGCUCGCAUUGUGUAACCUAAGUUUUAAACAAAUCCGCCAGCGCUGUUUUCACUAACACAGUUCACUCGGCCAUUAUAGACGGCGAUACGUUGGUCUGAAGAAAGCUCGGUGAGGUGUGGGUACUUAGUUCAUCUUGUGACAGAUAUACCUCUGACUACCCCAAUUGGGAUAUAGUCGUGAGCUUAUGUUAUGCCAGCGCGCUGCUCGUGUCCCAAUUUCACCGGGCUCUGGCAGUGACGGGUUUACACAGCGCUUCCAUCGGUACAUGAUGGUCAGUUGGGAAUUUAUCUGUAUGCGAAGGUUUCUUCGGAAACCAAUAAAUAAAUUGGCAAUAACUAAAUAUUUUUUUGGGGUCAAUUGAAAAAUAUAUUAAAUAUCAAUGCAUGAUGUGAGGUUUUUUGGGGUAAAUAAGUAAGUUAUGUGUUUCAAAAGAGGGUUAAUAAAGUUAAAGAUUGAAAUUGAAGAAGAAAAGUAGCAAUAAAUCUAUGAGGAGUGAGGUAUGUUUAUUAUUGUUUGAUCAUCAAGUGCGCAGAUCAUUUAGGGUAAAUAAAGAAGUAACAUAGAUGUACGGUCACGAGCAUUAAUAUGUAUACACUUUGGUACCAUGUCACAUUAACUUUUUUGACAAAUUGAAGGGCAAGUCUCACUAAAUGUCAAAUAUGUUAGUGCGAGAGUCCAGUCCAGUCCAGAGUCCUAAAGUGGGUACAUUAUAUUGGUCAUGACUGUACCUAAUAUAACAUUACUCGGGUAUCUGCCUACGAGCUUAAUCUACAGUUAGGGCGUUCCUUCAUUAUAUCCGAUCCAAAUCCAAGAAUGACGGACAGACAAAAACAACUAUGAGCUGGAUGUAAACAUUUAGUGCGCAAGCCACCAUACAAAUAGUUCUACGGCCACUCCAGAUCCCUCAUAACGGACUCGUAUCGACCCCAAUACCGACCCCGCCGGCGUGGUCGACGAUUUCCCUCAAUCAGCGCUUAUCGCUAUCGACCCUCUAGGCACGCAUGUUCGCGCCCAACUGGGCACCCUCAGGCCUGUUGUCUUAAACGCUGUACCGGGUGAGAGCCUUCAGCGCUCCCCAUUUGUCCGGCCAAGUAGUUAAUGCCAUCUGCGGCAAAUCUACAAUAAGUCAAGUCAAAAAAGGGGUCGUAUCGGAUACGAAUAGGAAUCGUGCGAAAACGCCCUUAUUAUAGUACGUGUAUAAAUACGCAUUCGUACGUAUACAGGGUGUCAGAAACAUCAUAACGAAAAUUUUGAGGGAUGAUUCAGGCCUUGUUUCUGAGAUGAUAUCAAGUAGAAUUUUCCGUCGCAAAAGUGUUGAACGGAAAUGAAUUUAAAAAUACCUAAACUUCUCAUGAGUUUUCCGACAGGAAAUCCACUUGAUAUUAACUCAGAAUCAUGGUCUGUAUCGUUACGAUGUCACUAACACCCUGUAUAAAUACGUAGUCAUUUAUUUAAAUCACUGAUGAUAAAAAUCAAAAAGUACCACUUGUUCUAAGAACCUAAUGGACCCCAAAAAGUGACCCCGGGAGGUUUCGCUAUUUGAUUUGGCACUCGACACUAUCAUACGUCGCCUUAGUGAAAGUGUAUCAUAUAUUUGAUAGUUCAAUUUUAUUUGACUCCUAUUUCAAUUUUUAGUUGUUUAUUUAAUCAUAAGGCGGGCUUUUCUGGUUUUUUAUUUACCUUCAAGAUUUAUAUAAUAAUAUGUUAUGUUAUACAAAAUAGUCAGUCUAUUUUCGCAAUAAACUCGCUAGAAUUGUGUUCUACCUUUCGAUAAAUUUCCGAGAGCCCUAAAUAAAUGUAAAUAUAUUUUUUUACUAAUUAGUUUAUUUUUAUUAGUACGAUAGCUUUUAUAAUUACAUCGGAAUGUAGUUUGUGGAGUUGCACACAAGAAAUAUAUAUAUAUUAAUUGUACAUUUGGGAUAUCUCUGUGUGUGAAAUUAAAGUAUGCUUCGGGGAAGGCGACACUAAUAAAAAAUACAAUAAAAAUAGAACCACCUCCUUUUUUUUGAAGUCGGCUCAAAAGACGAAAAUAGUUACAUAGGUACGCAAUUGUUUUAAUUAUCGUUCAAAAUAAAUACUCCUUAGUCGAUACUUUUCGGUGGCGGUCAAACCCAUUACCCUACAUUUUGCUUCGCCGCAGAUAUGAAAUACAAGUUAUAACGAGCACUGCCACAAUCAAAUAAAAUUUGUACCAUUUUAUUGAUAAAAUUUCUACCAUUUUAUUGAUAAAAUUCUAUAAGUGUUGCCAUUUAAAAUUGUUUUUUUUUACCAGAUAACACUUAUUGUCGUCGACUGCAUGCGACCUGAAUCAUACUUUACUUGCGAAUUGAGAUAUGAGAUACUUACCAACGUUGUUAAGCAUUUAGUGUGUACGGCUUAUUCUUAAAAUACAUGUAAAAACUUCCAUGAAUUUUAGAAUAUAGCAGCGAAAUCUUUAACAAUCACCAUUAUUUUAAAUAAGUCUUGUUGUCACGUUGUGUGUGAUACCGAAUUACCUCAGACAUGCGUACCAAUAGAGCUAAAUUCGAGUAAGUGGGUUACUAAAAAACUUCAAAUUAUUAGCAGUAAGUCAAACUUCUUUCAAGACAAAUCUCGUAAACUGAGUUGCAAACUUCAAUAUUCUUAUUUUUGUGUUAGCAACACUGCAAAUAAAAUGUUGCCAUUUUAUUUUGUAACUCGAAGUUUCAUAAAAGGGGAAAUUUUCGAACACCGGUGGUCAGUCAAUCAAAUACAAAUACAAAAAUACAAAUUGAUUUAUUUGCCAUUGAUUUUUUUUUGCAAUCUCGUUGCCGUUAACGCUAAAAUGUCCUAGAAUAUUUUGUCUUUUUGCAAAUAUCCAGUUAGAACUUACGCAAGUUGGCAAAAUACAUAAGGGGGGUUAAAACGGCCAUAUCGAUGCAAUUUAUCUAAAAAAGCAAUAUGGCAAUUUGACAUUUGCGCAUGUCAAUUAGCAAUAUUGCUUUUUUAGAGGAAAUGAAUUUAAUGUGGCCUUUUAACCCCCAAUUUCUAUACUUGACUAUUUGUUUUAUUCUUGACUUCCUGUGUUCCAAUAACUACCCAAAACGUUUCAAUAAAAACUAGAAGUAGAAAUAAAUUCGACUUAUUGGUAAAAAUUUCGAGUUUUCGAGCACUAUAAGAUGCGGUUACCGAUUUAGCCUUUUCUGAAAGAGAGAAACAUAUUUGUUGUUUCCUUCCUUUCAAUCGAAGUCAACCAUUUAAUUCAAAUAAGUUUGUCAUAUCUUUGGUCACAUUAUUUAUGUUUAUAGCAAAAGGAUCUCUACCACUAACUACUUAAAUGUUAAAAUGCACAAUGGUGCUGAUUCUAGCGAUGGUUAAUAAAUUUUAAUUUAGUGUGACCGUUUUAAAAAUAGUGCUGUCCUUUACUUACGAUAAGUACAGGAAAGAAAUAGACCUAGUUAUAGAACUGACAAACUAAAUUCAAAUUAAGUUUGUGUCUGCCAGAAUUAGCACCAUUGUUAUCCAUUGUACAUAAGAAAAAUAAAAUAUUUUCAAACUACCCACACAUUGGACGAAGCCGCCAUUUUGUAUUUAUAGUCCGUAUCAGAGACGUAGCUAGGGUAACUAGCGCUCGGGCAGAAUUCAGUUAUAGCACCCCGAAAAGAAUAAUCCAAAUAUUUUUUAAAAAGCCUUCACUUAUCUCGCCCUAGCCCUUGCCUAGCUGCGGCUCUGUUCCUAAUAUAUGCGGCAUAGAUCCCUGUGAUACAACCACAUACACUUGACAUCAAAAAAAAUAAUAUAGGCACCUCGCAAGUUUACCUUUCGUAAGGUAAGGAUUAUCAGAACAAUACCAAAUACGAUAUCAAUAAAAAAUAAAUAUUUCCUUUCGUAAACUUAAUUCACCUGAGCUAAUUCACCUAGGUGCAUUAAACAAACUUUUAGUAAUCUUUAAUCACCUGCAUCGCUCGUGGUGAAACAAAAGACAUCUAAUAUAAAUAAAUAGUAAACUUUAUUCACCCAGUCAUAGUAAUGGUUCUAAGGUCUAACGUACCAUUUCCAGAAAAUGACCUACAGUAAUAUUUUCAUGUAAUAGGCUUAAUUGGGCCUCAAGUAUAAAUUCUUCGUUUGUUAUAACCUACGUCGCUUUGGUGUGCGCUUGGUAUCUGCGUCUUUUUUGAAUGCCGCGAUUAGAUCAAGUAGGCUUCUACCUAUUAUUUUUUUUUAUUAUUCUACUGAGUGUAGUGUGAAAACUUUCCACAUAAUUAUUAGUUCGGUGUCUUUCUGCAAAAACCGACCUUAAAAGUAUGUUUUCUGGGUUAAAGAGGGUCAAUUAGCUCAGGUGAAUUAAGUUUACGAAGGGAUUUUUACUGAUCAAAAGGUUCAAUACUUCGGUGAAUAAAGUAAACUUGAAGUAAAUUUAAUGCACCCAGGUGAUUAAGGUGAAUAAAGUUUUUCAAAAGCACCCUGGUGAUUAAAGAUUACUAAAAGUUUGUUUAAUGCUAGGUGAAUUAGCUCAGGUGAAUUAAGUUUACGAAGGGAAAUAUUUUAUGGUGGGUGAAGGUAUGUUCCAAAAAUUUUUUCGAUUUUUUUAAUAAGGAUUAUGGUUAAAAUGUUCAUUAAAUGACUUUCUUUUUAUUAAGUGCGUGCGCUACACGUUUUGGUUGUUUAAUAGGUAUCCAAAAUUCUUAAACUCCACUAACAAGGAAGUGUUGCCAAUUUAUUGAAAUACUUAACAAAAAUAACUUUCAAAAUAGACAAUAAACUGAAUUAUAAAUAUAUCUAAAAACGUAUCACAGGGAUUCCGAAAGAAUUGAGUAGAUCAAA